GUGAGAGAAUAAGCAAAUCGAGGUGAAGUAGAACUAGUAAGAGAAUAGGAGACGAGCUGAAGGAAGAGGAGAAGAAGAACAACAGCAAUACAGUUUCACAAUUUCCGCGCGCGGUCGUUCGGACAGUGAAUCGAGCCACGUGGCCGCUCCAGUUUCCGCCGCAUUCUCAUCGGGUUUCCCACUCCUCUGCCGGCGGCGAGGAGCUCUCUCCUCCCGUUUCAACUCGAAACGGACGAAUCUGUCGCGCGGUGGCUCGGUCCGGAUCGGCCGCGCGGCGAGUCAUUGACUUUCGGUGUCCUUUCUUGGAUCUGGACGGGGAUAAUUGUGCGAAUUUGGCGAGAUUUGAAGCCGAUAAACGCUGGCGUCGACGAGAGGCAGCUUGCUGAUGAACCGUCGCGGAGUACAGAGAUUCCGGCAACUGGCCGUUACAGCCACCGGAUCGGCGAAGAUCAAGAUUCUGCUCUUCUGCUGCAUCGCUUUCACGCUGCUGGCGCUCCCAGGCUGGGCGUCCAAGUUUAUGGGAUGGAGCAAUCUCUCUGCUCCCGAUGAUCGGCUCCAAGCUCAAGGGAAAGGUUAUGCCAUUGUAAUGAAUACUUGGAAAAGAUAUGAUCUGUUGAAGCAAUCAAUUGCUCACUAUGCAUCAUGUUCCGAACUCGAUUCAAUACACAUUGUAUGGAGUGAACCUGAUCCUCCUUCUGAUCCUCUUGUUGCACAUCUAAACCGCAUCCUUCAGUCAAAGUCGAGAGGCCCGAGGCAAGUUGAACUGAAAUUUGACAUCAAUAAGGAAGACAGUUUGAACAAUAGAUUCAAAGAGAUCAAAGAUUUGAAGACAGAUGCUGUCUUCUCAAUUGAUGAUGAUGUCGUAUUUCCAUGCUCAUCCGUGGAGUUUGCUUUCCAUGUAUGGCAAAGUGCUCCAGAUAACUUGGUGGGCUUUGUGCCACGUGCCCAUUGGCUGGAGCAAUCGCGCGACAAUAAUAAAUACUAUAGCUACGGUGGAUGGUGGUCUGUUUGGUGGACGGGUACUUAUAGCAUGGUUCUCUCAAAGGCUGCAUUUUUCCACAAAAAGUAUCUCAGGUUGUACACAAAUGAGAUGCCAGCAUCACUGAAGGACUAUAUAACCAAGAACAGGAAUUGUGAAGAUAUCGCUAUGUCGUUCCUAGUUGCAAAUGCAACUGAUGCACCACCUGUAUGGGUGAAGGGCAAAAUAUUUGAGAUCGGCUCGACUGGGAUCAGUAGCUUGGGUGGUCAUAAGGAUAGAAGAAGUCUGUGUAUCAACAGAUUUGUUGCCGAAUUUGGACGAAUGCCCUUGGUAUCCACAACAGUCAAGGCAAUUGAUAGCCGCAGUAGCUGGUUCUGGUGAUGCUAGCUAGGUCUCACAUCACCACGCAAUCUAUUGUUUCAAUUUGGUAGAAAAGUUCACCUCUUCGGUAAUCAUUUGAGUGUCUCUGAUUCAUUCUUCCUAGUUAACUUUCACAUCCCUCGAGCUGUAUAAUAGUGUAGUUUCCUCGUUUCUUUUACCGUUCAUUUCUUUGUUCAGAUAGAAUACAUGUUUAGCAAUCUGCUUGGACAGAUUGUUUGUACCAUUACCAACCAACUUCAACGGCAGUUUGCCACUCUCUGAUAGAUUUAGUCUUGGAAUCAUAUACGUGAAGCUACUUUCUGAAAACAGAAAACCUGUCCCUUUUGAAUGUCCAUAUUUUGGUCUUACAUUUACAGCAGUUGGGAACAGACAGCAACAAAUGGUUCUUACUCUCAUCUGUUUGGCUGUCAACAUGGUAAGAAUUGAAUUUUCGUAACUUAUAUCUGAACAGGCUUUUCACUGUAUUGUUUAUUGCUAACCUUUACUCAGGCUGGGAGCUUCAACUCGGUUGUGGAGUUCUGUGACAUUGGGAGAUCGCGUCCAGAACUGAAUGGACUGACCAGUUGAUCCAAGGGAUGGAGCUGAUUGCUGAACCUAAGACAAUCCCACAGGUUAGUUUCUGGUCUGGGACUUAUCUACUAGCCUUCUCAUUCAUGUACCCUGUUGCUGAGAGGGACUUCUCCGCCCGCUCAAUCGACACAUCCUUGUAGAAACUACGAUAACAUACAAACCUAAUCAAUUCGCAGCAAAAUGGAAUAAACUUGCC